AUGGUGAACAUCAAAGAAGCAGCUCCCGAAAGUGAGGAACAAAAAAUCAAGCAGAAAUGCAGUGAGUUGAAGAAGAGAAUACAGGAAGUUGAGGAGUGUAAUGAAGUGUCUCUUCUUGCUCUAUCAAGGACUAGGGCCUCAAUUAGACGAUCUAGGAUACAGCAUGCUGUUCUUUUAGAGAGGCUUCAGGAUCGUUUAUCCUCCACAUCUAGCGCAGAGCCGAACCGUCCGUGGCUGCCUGCGUACUUGGAUGACAACUUUACUUCAAAGAAAAAUUCAGGGCCACCUAAUUCGAGCGUGUUGGGUUCCAAGGAUAAGGUAGACAACCCUCAAUCUCGUGAGAUUUUUGACUACUUCAAAUUUACUGAGGGUAAACAAUAUCAAUCAUCAAGCGAAGAGGUCAAGCAUGAAAUUCUUCGAAAUAAAUGGAACCAAAUGUCUUCUGAGGAACGAUGCACUAUCGCCAAAAGGUUUGAGCUCGAACAAUGUGAGACCAGAGAAAAUCACAUUUGCGAAUCGAAUGAAGUUGAACAAAAGAAUACUGAAUCGGAGGACGAGUUUUCAUCUCGAGAGGUCGAACGGGAAAUCAGGGCAAGAGAGAUUUCAUAG